CCUCUCAUUCCGGAGGUUUGAACUUUUCCGAGGGGAUGACAAACGGCGGGCAGAGGCUUUGGGCAGCGCCACCCGUAGGCUGCCCCGCCCUGCGGAGCGGCGCGCAGAGAGGGCGGAGCCGCGGCCCAGCUCUGCUUCCGGCCGGGGGUUAGGCGGCGCGGGCGCCGCGGUGGGCGGGGCGCGGCGCCGCGACCCGCGUUGCUAUUGGCGGCGGUUGGGGGCGCGGAAACUGAACGGCCGGCAACGGCGGCGCUCGCUCGCUGGCCCGCUAUGGCCGGUCCGUGCCCGGCACCCCACCUCUGACCCUGGCUCUCCCUCAGGAAGACCCCUCGCUGGAGAGGCAUUUUAAGGGCCACCGGGAUGCAGUCACCUGCGUGGACUUCAACCUCAGCACAAAGCAACUGGCCAGUGGCUCCAUGGACUCCUGCCUCAUGGUCUGGCACAUGAAGCCCCAGACACGCGCCUACCGCUACACGGGCCACAAGGACGCCAUCACCUGUGUCAACUUCUCCCCCUCGGGACACCUACUUGCCUCCAGCUCCCGCGACAAGACGGUCCGCAUCUGGGUACCCAAUGUCAAAGGCGAGUCGACUGUGUUCCGUGCCCACACUGCCACUGUGAGGAGUGUCCACUUCUGCAGUGACGGCCAGUCCCUGGUGACUGCCUCUGAUGACAAGACCAUCAAAGUGUGGUCCACACAUCGCCAGAAGUUCCUGUUCUCCCUGAGUCAGCACAUUAACUGGGUGCGCUGUGCCCGUUUCUCCCCCGAUGGGCGCCUCAUCGUGUCCGCCAGUGACGACAAGACCGUCAAGCUGUGGGACAAGGCAAGCCAUGAGUGCAUCUACUCGUACUGUGAGCACGGCGGGUUUGUCACCUAUGUGGACUUCCACCCGAGUGGCUCAUGCAUUGCUGCUGCCGGCAUGGACAACACAGUGAAGGUGUGGGACGUGCGGACUCACCGGCUUUUGCAGCAUUACCAGUUGCACAACGCCGCGGUGAACGCCCUCUCCUUCCACCCAUCGGGAAACUACCUGGUCACGGCCUCGAGUGACUCCACGCUGAAGAUCCUGGACCUCAUGGAGGGCCGGCUGCUCUACACACUCCACGGGCACCAGGGCCCAGCCACCUGUGUUGCCUUCUCAAGAACAGGGGAAUAUUUUGCUUCUGGAGGUUCUGAUGAACAAGUGAUGGUGUGGAAGAGCAACUUCGAUGUCGACUAUGGAGAAGUCACGAAAGGGCAGAGACCCCCGGCCAUGCUCAGCAGCUCCUCCAGGAACCUGCCAGAAAUGGAUCUCCCCGUGACCGCUGGCGGCAGUGCGAGUCGGGAGUCAGUGCGGACCCAGCCCCAGGAGCCCGUGAGUGUGCCGCAGACGCUGACCAGCACGCUGGAGCACAUCGUGGGCCAGCUGGACGUCCUCACCCAGACCGUGUCCAUCCUGGAGCAGCGGCUGACGCUGACGGAAGACAAGCUGAAGCAGUGCCUGGAGAACCAGCAGCUAAUCAUGCAGAGAACGACACCGUGAUCAAGGGGACCGCAAUCAAGAGCACGCUCGAUUUGGGGUGGCAGG